AUGAAGGAUGAAUUGAAGCAGCUCCGUUCCGAUCUUGAGCGGGAGCAGACGGUUCGCAAGGAGGAAACAGAGACCGUGCGUCGGCUGCUGACACGCAACAUCAACGAGGAGUCACAAAUGCGUGCAAGCUUGGACAGCAAGCUCGAGGCCUUCCAAAAUCUUUCGAAAACGUGGAUCAGCUCUCUGGGAAAAGAUGUCAUGGCAUCAAAGGAGCGCCUGAACUCCCUUGACUCCAUUGCUGAGCAGCACAGUACAUCGCUCCUAGCCCACGAGGAGCGGCUGGUGAUCUCUGACUCUGCGAUUGCACUGCGCUGCACGGUGUCCGAUUACAAGUCCUUGGCGACUUCCUUGGCCGAGCUUCAAGCGGAGGUUGUGCGCGACCGAGCCACAGCACAGGCAUCCGUCGACACGGCCUCACGAGAGAUGCAGCGAAAUCUGCGGACAACUGAUGGCCGUUUGGAUACUCUCCAGCAGAGUUUGGAGAGCAGCAGCGCUGCUUUGAACACGGAGAUAUCAGGACUUUCUGACAAGGUGGAAGGCCUGCAAUCCGUGACAAAGACGCUUUCCAAGCAGCGUGACCUGGAAUUGCUGGAAGCGCGCAUGCAAAAGGCUGAGACAUCGCUCCAGGCCACCACAGAAGAACUCGGACGCAAAGCGGCUGCCUCGGCAAUGAAGUCUCUGUCGGACCGUGUCACGGAGAUGGGGAUGGAGGCUCACACACAAAGCACUCGCUUGCAAAUGGCACUGGACGAGCAUACUGGCCACAUCGGAGCCUUGGAGAAGGAGACCCAGAAGUUGGAGAGGCAGUAUGAGAUCGAACGCUCGCGCACAUCAAAUUGCAUCAUUGCCCUGGAGAAGGAGUUGGCAACCAAGACGAAUGCUGCAGAAAGCGAUGCGACCAACGCCCGUCUCUCUACCGCUACGGCUGCCAUCCAGAGGUUGGAGACGAUGGCAACCACCAAGGUGUCCUCUGAUACCUUCGAAAAGUUGCAGGGGCGCCUGGAUCAGAUGGAGGUGACGCUAAUCCGCAAAGCUGACACCGAGACCUUGGGCAAGGCAGCACAGCAGGUCACCGAGCAGGCUCGCCAGUUGGAGUCUGUUGCCAGCCAUGUGCGCGACCAGGGGAGCAAGCUGGAGGUGCUGGAAGGCCGCUCUGAGACCUUGAAGGAACAGAUCCUGCAGAAAGCCGAGUCGAGCAAUGUGUACACCGUUGAUGGAGUGGAUGGAAUGCUCCGUUCCUACUACAAUCGCGAAGAGAUGGAUGCAUUGCUGUCGCGCGUUUGGUGGCGCCUUGGAGAUGUCGCGAAAGCACCGGUCUCUACUCCGAAGCCACCGACCAGGUGA